AUGGAUUCUUACGAUGGUUAUGGGUCUCCUGGAAGGAACCGUGAGUCGGAUUCCUUCGCAGGACGAAGCACAGGGGAUUCGUACAGACGCCGAUCUCCAGCCUCGCAGGAUCGACGCCGUCCGCGGCCGCGUUCUCGUUCACCUGUGAUUGACCGGUACGAGCCUUCGGAGCGACGUUCCCACCGCGAGGACUUUUACAACCACUCCCGGGACCAUGCCGCCCGAGACCGCGAGGACCGCAGACGUGCCCCUUCGCCAAACGUUGCCAACAUUGACCGCUAUGUCCCUGGGCAAGAGAGUGGCGGUGGCAAGCGUCCUAUUCCUACCAACCCUAUGCCGAAUCCCCUUUCACUCGAUUUCCAAGUCGGGUUCAAUUGGUUCGCUGAAUGGUGGAGAUUGGAGGAAUCUGUCAAUGAAGAGAAGGAACGCUCUAAGAACGGUGGUCGUCGAGUCAAGGGAGAGCGCGAGGCGCGCGAGGAUCGCGAAAAAGAACGUGCACAAAUUCAAGCUGCCUAUGACACAUACAAGGUUGAUUUGCAAAUUCGCCUAGCCAGGCUAUUUGUUCAGCAGCAUCGGAACGAGGAAUGGUUCAAAGAACGCUAUGUUCCCGAGGUCAGAGACCCUCUCCGCAAGCGCAUCAUGGCGGUUCGACAGGGUGCAUAUGACCAGUGGGAACGCGAUAUCGAAAACAACCUCUUCAAAGAUUUUACCCUCGAAGGUAUCUACAAAAGCGACAGCGACGGUGCCGGCGGUGUGGUAGAAAAGGAAGAAGGCGAGACUACCGCUCCUGCUGAGACUAUGGGCGUGCUUGAUUUACUCCCAGCUCGCGGUGGGGAUCUCCGCGACGAAGCUCUUGCCCAGCCUGCCCUACUUAUCAAAACGCUUGCACCAAACGUCAGCCGCACUAAGAUCGAGGAAUUCUGCAAGGAGCAUCUCGGCGAGGAAGAUGGAGGCUUUAAGGGACUGAGUCUCAGCGACCCGAAUCCAUCAAAGAAGUUCCACCGCAUGGGAUGGAUCAUGUUGCAUCCUUCCGCGACCACCAGUACCGUGGAGCGGGGAGACGGGCGUGAUGAAGAAUUGGAGAACAUGGAUCAUGAUGGAGCUUCAGCUGGUGAUGUCACAAUCAACCCGGCCGAAAAAGCUCUUGAGGCUGUGAACGACAAGACAAUUCAUGACUCCGUCCACGGUGACUUCAUUUGCCACGUGGGAGUCCAUGUCCCUCCUACUCAACCGCGCAAGAAGGCUCUCUGGGAUCUGUUCUCCGCGCCAGAGCGAAUUGAUCGUGAUCUCGAUCUGGCUAGACGUUUGACAUCCAAGUUGGACUCGGAAAUGGAAUCCGGCGUGGAUGGAUUCGCCAAAAUUGAGGAAUAUGUCGACGAUCUGCGCGGAAAAGGCGAGCUUCAGCUUCCUGCCACCGGUCCUGUCAAUGUUAAGAAGCAGAGGACCGGUUAUGGCGAUGAAGAGGAAGAUGAAGGUGAAAUUGAAGAGGGCGAAGAGAAGGAACUCCUCGAUGACGAAGAGGUAGAUGACGAGGAACUCGCCGUCAAGAAAAAGAAGUUGGACUUGAUUGUCGAAUACCUCCGACGGGUCUAUAACUUCUGCUUCUUCUGUGUCUUCGAGAGCGAUUCAGUUCAUGAGCUUGGUCGCAAGUGCCCUGGUGGACAUCUUCGCCGUCCGCGCACCGGUCUUUCCAGACAGGCCAAGGAAGUAGCUCGAGCAAGCGCUCUUGGCCACCCAUUCCCAGCCAAGAAGAAAGAGCCUAGCGAAGAAGGAGAAGAUCCCGCUUCGCCUGUCCAGGAGAAACGCGGACAGCGCCAUGGUUCGAAAUCGGAGCAACAACUGCAGCGUGCUUUCAACUGGGUCAAGACUUUUGAAGACAAGUUGCUACAGAUCCUGGAGCCCGAACACGCUGAUCUCAGCAAACUCGGCGGUAAGCCGGUCGACGAGGCGCUCGAAGGUGAGCUUCGCAAAUACAUGAAGCAGGAGGAUGACUCCAAGUACCGUUGCAAAGCCCCUGAUUGCACAAAGCUUUUCAAGGCCGAAGCCUUCUGGCGCAAGCAUGUUGAAAAACGCCACACGGAGUGGUUUGAGGGUAUCAAGAAAGACCUCGCGUUGGUGAACGCCUAUGUCCUCGAUCCCGCACGCAUUGCCCCAUCCCGGUCUGAUGCCAACAGCAACGGCCACUUCCCACUUGGCUCCGGACAAGGCCAUACUGGCACCCCUCGAGGAUUCAGCCUCGCCGGUAUGCCCUACGGUGCCAAUGGAAAUGUACCCAGUUUCUCCCCAGGAAUGCCUGGUGGUAUGAUGGGCUCGCACGCAGGCGGCUGGAAUGGUCCCGGCAUGGGACUUGAUGGCGCUUUGCACCAGCCCGGACCCAUGCGCCGUGGCCAAAACCGCAACAACCGACCCGGUCCAUAUGAUCGUCGCCGAUUCAAUGGUAACGGUCGCCUGAGCCCUCCCCGCGGCAUGCCCGGCAUGUACGGUGGUGGUCGUCUCCCGCCACCUGGCAUGAACGUUCCUGCCGGUCACCCUGCGGCCGGUAUGGUUUCCAACAACUUCCCUGAUUCUAUGGGAUCCAACGGAGGACCCAUGGCGCCGCGUGAAGCCGUUCAGGGUCGCAGCCUGAAGAGUUACGAGGACCUGGACGCUGUCGACCCCUCCGGUGGCGGCGAGCUGCAGUACUAA